GGAGCAGCAGCGGCAGCGACCGGGAUUCAUGGACAACAUGGAGUGAAGCCUCCUCCUCCUCCUCCUCCUUCACACGGAGACAGUGAGUCAACCAGGACUGAUAGAAAAACACUUUCUCCUCUUUUCUCCCCCCCCCCAGAGAUCCACAUCCCCCUGGUCACAAAGACACCAGCUGUCAAGAGAUUUUCAUUUUGAUUUUUUUUUUUUUUUUACUCCUCUUCUGAAAGUGCCCUUUUUGUGGAAUAAUGCAUGAGAAAAACCAAGUUAGCUCCAGUUUUUUAUUCCUCUCUCUGCGCCGCACGUUCCCAGUGGUUCCAGUGACUGACCAGCCGGUUUCUCUUGUUCAGAAUGGGAUGUAUUGUGGCGCCCGCGCAGCCCACGACAAGUGUCAGCGAUUAGACAGUGUGUUGGUGGACGGGUUUCCUCGAGGCCUGCUCUGAACACGGCCCCUGCUCUGCUGCUGGAGCUGGACAUUGUUAUUGGGAAGGACUCAGUGUUGGACAGGGACAAUCUGCGUGCGUCCUUGGCACCUUCCCUCCCUCCCUCCCUCCCUCCCCUUCUGCGUGAGUGGGGGGGUCGUUCUCAGAAAGAGAUUGUUGGAACAAUAUGGUGGAACCCGUUGGAUUCAUGGAGGCGUGGAAAGCACAGUUCCCAGAGUCUGAGCCCCCCAAGAUGGAGCUGAGGUCAGUAGGGGGCAUCGAGCAGGAGCUGGAGAGGUGCAAGGCGUCCAUCAGGCGUCUGGAGCAGGAGGUGAACAAGGAGCGAUUCCGCAUGAUCUACCUGCAGACCCUCCUGGCCAAAGAGAGGAAGAGCUACGACAAGCAGCGGUGGGGCUUCAGGAAGACGCCGCUGAGCGAGGGGAUGGACCCCGCAGCCACACAGGGUGCGGAGUCCCAGCAGCCCCACAUGCAGGAGACUGGUGGGGUUGGAAUAGGAGUUGGUGGUGGAUGUUAUGGCGGCGGUGGUGGUGUUGUAGGUGGUGGUGGGUCCACCAUGGAGAGGACUCGCUACCAGCCACUUGGAGAUGGUACAGGCAGGACCAAACCGAGACCUCCACCUGCUAGAAAGUCAGCGUCCCACGGAGACGGACUGGAGUCGGCGUUUGACGUGCCCCAGUCGGUUGAGUCCACAUCCUGUGACAACCUGGACGGCCUCUCGCCAUCCAAGCAGAGAGGCGGGGUCUCAGUCUCUCCCCGCAGGCCCACCCUUCCACCCCCAGACAAAGAUCUGCCCACUGACCCCAAGGACAAGCUUGGCAUGGGUCUUGGUGUGGCAGCUCUUAGAUCCAACUUUGAGAGGAUCAAACGGGCCAACUCUCACUCUUCAGGUGAUGUAGCUAAGGGUCAAGAGAAGCAACUACCGCCGCCACCUCCGCCAUUUUACACUAACAUGGAAUUCCACCACGAGAGGGGUCUGGUAAGGGUCAAUGACCGUGAAGUCUCUGACAAGAUCAGCUCCCUGGGCAGCCAGGCCAUGCAGAUGGAGCGAAAGAGAUCUCUCCACUCCCUCCCAGGUAACCUGGCUACUGUAGCUGGGGAGCUCCGCGCCAGGCCUGUGUACAGAGGACGUUCCACUGAGAGCACCUGCGGCUAUGACGCAGAAUAUGAAGAUGGAGAGCCCAAUCAGAGACAGAGGGCCAAUGGGGGCAAGCCUCCGCCCCCGCCCUGGCAGCCCUCUGACUUCCAGGCCUACUCCAGUGUCUAUGUUGGUGGGGUGAUGAUGGGCGAAGGGGGGGUUGGAGGUGGUACCGGGGUCACAAUGAGGGACCAUGGGGUAGGAGACGACCACCUCCUGACCUGGCCACGCCGCUCCUACUCCCCAGGUAGUUUUGAAGAUGUAGGUGGAGGCGGCGGCUACACGCCGGACUGCAGCUCCAACGAGAACCUGACGUCCAGCGAGGAGGACUUCUCCUCCGGCCAGUCGAGCCACGUCUCACCCAGCCCCACCACAGCCUUCCGUCGGCCCUUCAGAGAAAAGAGCCGCUCGCCGUCCCAGAACUCCCAGAACUCCCAGCACUCGUUGGACAGCAGCAGCCCGCCGACGCCGCAGUCCCAGAAGCGGCAUCACCGGCAGCAGGGAGGCCACGUGGUCAUGUCUGAGGCCACUAUUGUGAGUGUGCGCAAGACCGGCCAGAUCUGGCCACCUGCUGCGCAUCAUGACCUCCUGCCCCACGGCAGAACAUCCCACGACAGCAGUUUCCAUGGAGACCACCUAGAUGGUCACUUCACCGGGACCCCCCCCUCAUACGGUUACGAUGCAGACCGCGCCGAGGAGCAGCGGCGGCACCACGACAUCCUGCCGUACAUCGAUGACUCGCCGUCGUCUUCGCCGCACCUCAGCUCCAAGAGCCGCAGCAGCCGGGACACCCUCUCCUCGGGGUCGCUGGAGUCCUCCAAAUCGACUGAAUGUGACCUGGAGAAAGGUUUGGAGAUGAGGAAGUGGGUCCUGUCUGGGAUCUUGAACACAGAGGAAUCGUACCUCAGUCACCUGGAGGCUCUGCUGCUGCCCAUGAAGCCUCUGAAGGCUGCAGCCACGACGUCGCAGCCCGUCCUCACCGUGGCCCAGAUAGAAACCAUCUUCUUCAAAGUGCCUGAGCUGUACGAGAUCCACAAGGAGUUCUACGACGGACUCCUGCCCCGCGUGCAGCAGUGGAGCCACCACCAGAGAGUCGGGGACCUCUUCCAGAAACUGGCCAGCCAACUCGGAGUUUACCGAGCGUUCGUGGACAACUACGAGCUGGCCGUGGAGACGGCGGAGAAGUGCUGCCAGGCGAACACACAGUUUGCAGAAAUCUCCGAGAACCUGAAGGUGAGGAGCCCUAAAGACUGCAAGGACCAGACGGGCAAGAACUCACUAGAGGCUUUACUAUAUAAACCAGUGGACAGAGUAACCCGGAGCACACUGGUACUUCAUGACUUACUCAAACACACGCCCACGAGCCACCCGGACCACGCUCUGCUGCAGGACGCUCUGCGCAUCUCCCAGAACUUCUUGUCGAGCAUCAACGAGGAGACGACGCCCCGGCGCCAGUCUAUGACCGUAAAGAAGGGAGAGAACAGGCAGCUGCUGAGGGACAGUUUCAUGGUGGAGCUGGUGGAAGGAGCCAGGAAGCUGCGACACGUCUUCCUCUUCACGGAUCUGCUGCUCUGCGCCAAACUGAAAAAGCAGAUCGGAGGAAAAAGCCAGCAGUACGACAGCAAGUGGUACAUCCCCCUGACGGAACUGACCUUCCAGGGUCCAGAGGAGACCGAACCACUCGCCAUCCCCCAGGUCCCCGAUGAGGAGCUCGAUGUCAUGAAGGUCAAGAUCUCACACCUCCGCAGUGAGAUUCAGAGAGAGAAGAGAGCCAACAAGGGUUCAAAGGUCAUCGACCGGCUGAGGAAGAAGUUGUCCGAACAGGAGUCUCUUCUCCUGCUGACAUCUCCGAGCUUGCCGAUCCGCGUCUACAACAAGAACGGAAAGGGCUACAGCUUCCUGAUUUCAUCUGACUACGAACGUGCCGAGUGGAAGGAGCUAAUCAAAGAGCAGCAGAAGAAAUGUGUUAAAACAUCCUCCUUGACGUCCAUGGAGUUACAAAUGUUGACCAGCUCCUGUGUCAAGUUACAGACUGUUCACCACAUUCCACUCAGCAUCAAUAAAGAAGAGGACGAAUCCUCCGGCCUCUGCGGGUUCCUGAAUGUAAUCGUCCACUCUGCCUCCGGCCUCAAACAGAGCUUAAAUCUCUACUGCACAUUGGAGGUGGAUUCCUUUGGCUUCUUUGCAAGUAAAGCCAAGACGAGAGUGUAUCGAUACACCACUGAACCCAAAUGGAACGAGGAGUUUGAGAUUGACCUGGAGGGCUCUCAGACCCUGAGGCUGCUCUGCUACGAGAAGUGCUACAACAAGACCAAGCAGAACAAAGAGGAUGGAGAGGGCUCAGACCGCAUCAUGGGGAAAGGACAGAUCCCGCUGGACCCUCAGACUCUCCAGGGCAAAGACUGGCAGAGAACAGUUAUUCCCAUGAACGGGAUCGAGGUGAAACUCUCCAUAAAGUUCACCAGCCGAGAGUUCAGCCUGAAGAGGAUGCCCUCGCGGAAACCGAUGGGUGUGUUUGGAGUCAAGAUCUCCACAGUGACCAGACGAGAGCGCUCCAAGGUGCCCUACAUUGUCCGGCAGUGCCUAGAGGAGAUUGAAAGGAGGGGUAUGGAGGAGGUGGGCAUCUACCGAGUGUCGGGGGUGGCCACUGAUAUUCAGGCCCUGAAGACGGCCUUCGAUACCAAUAAUAAAGACGUGUCAGUGAUGAUGAGCGAGAUGGACGUCAACGCCAUCGCCGGGACCUUGAAGCUGUACUUCAGAGAGCUGCCGGAGCCUCUCUUCACUGAUGACCUCUAUCCCAACUUCGCAGGUGGCAUCACUCUGUCUGAUAGUGUUGCCAAAGAGAGCUGCAUGUUGAACCUACUGCUGUCGCUGCCAGAGCCCAACCUGGUCACAUUUCUAUUCCUUUUGGAUCACAUGAAGAGGGUGGCAGAGAAGGAAUGCGUCAACAAGAUGUCGCUCCACAACCUGGCGACGGUGUUCGGGCCGACCUUGCUGAGGCCUUCUGAGAAGGACAGCAAGAUCCCAGCGAACCCCACGCAGCCCAUCAGCAUGGGGGACAGCUGGUCGCUGGAAGUCAUGGCCCAGGUCCAGGUGCUGCUGUAUUUCCUCCAGCUGGAGACCAUCCCCACCCCGGACAGUAAACGACAGAGCAUCCUCUUCUCCACUGAAGUAUAGAGCAAACACUGGCUGUGACACCAUGAAGGAGAGAAAAGGACGAGACGGACCUUGGCUCAAACUGAGCCAGUAGUAGUAUGUUUUUUUUAAAUGACCAGAUUCCGUUAGGCUCUUGCAGCUGGUUAAGGAUUGUCUGUGGCGAUGCCCGCUCCUCUUGAACACAAGAGGGCGUCGUUGAGCCUCUGAAGCUCAGUGUGUGGUCCUCUGUCUUCAUACUGCUCAUGUUUAGUAUGACUCCAUGUUUCCUCAGUGAUGUUGUGGGUGUGUCUUGACAUCUACUGUUUCCCCACGUUGCCCUUUGUCGGACUCAUCAUUGAAGAGAUGCGAAAAAACACGUCUUUCCUGAUUCGUGGGACAAGCUCGCCAACAUAUCACAACCUCCAUGUAUCUUUGUGUUUGGGCUUUGUUCUCUAUCUGUGUUUUCUGUUUUGGGACAAUCAUCCAAGUCAAGGCUCUCGCAAAACAUGUUUAUUCGUCUCAGACGUCCUUCCACGUCCACGUUGAGGAAACUUCUACUUGUGUCUUACAUGAUCUCAGUGCUUUGUGUCCCACGAGAUGCAGGGACACAUUCGUUGGAGUUAAAAGCAAACGUCCAGCGCUGCCUCGUCACUGGCUUUUUUCUUUGUGGUACAAAAGCUGCGGGGGGGGGGAAGCAGACACCUACAAUGUUCAAAUGUUUACAGCGUAAACAAAACCUGGUCGGAGUCGGAACAAGACGACUCGAAGAAGGACUGUAAAAUAGAAGAGGAACACAAAGACUAGAAAUAACCUGCUACCUGACUGCCAGCGGUUUGUCUGACCACAAAGAUUUUUCCCUACUUGUGUUGUUUGUGUCUCCAGGUAGUCUUCAGCGUAAAUACCCAGGAAGCAAUAUAUUUUCUAACAUAGGAGUCGUCUGUGUUCAUAUCCCUGCUGAGGAAAUGUCCUUCUUAUUGUAACAUAGGACCUCUUUGCCAAAUUCACAUGUUGUUUGUUUGUUUCUAGGCAAAAAGGAAGCAGUUGUAUUUACAGUUACAGUUUGUACAUAAUCUUUACAAAGGAAAGAAGUUUUUUUUGUUUAACAAUUUAAUCAUUGUUGCUAUUACUGUAAUUUAUUUUCGGGCCUGGGGGAUAAAUUGGUUUGUUUUUAUGUGAACUUUGUUUGGGGGUUUGAUUAAGUGGUAGGUCUUAGCCUUGACUGUAAGUCUUGCAGUAAAUAAGCAGGAUUUAGCCUUGAUCUAAUAGAAACUACUCAACUGUUCAGUCCAGCCGAUCUAUUACUCAUCUAUCAUGAAGGCGACACACACACACACACACACACACACACACACACAGACACGUAUAGACACAUAUAUGUUGUAGUUACAUACUGUCUGCUGCUGAGGAAAAGGCACAAGCUCUUUAACUGCUGGGUGUUCCUCAGCAGAUCAUCCAGAGACCAUGGUCUGUCUAGUGUAGACAUUAUGCAAUGUCAUAAAACACACACACACACACACACACACACACACACACACACACCCAAACAUAUAUGACAUUGUCUCUAUUAAUCUGUGGCUGCAGACGUGCACUCAUGCAAUGUUAGAACUACUGUAUUUAUUACAAUUCAAGUGACCUGAGCACUCAGCAUUUAUGUGCAUUGAAGAGCAUAUCUAUUGGUUAAAUGAAGGAAUCUCAUUUUGUUUUUAUUUUAUUUACUUUCUCUCGGCACUCGUAUGUUCUGACAACUGUUCAUCCCCGUUCUCCAUCCUGUUGAGCCUGAAGACGCCCCUCACGGCCGAGUUAAAGAAGAGCUCUUAAGAUGUUUUUAUCCUUGAUUUAACAUGCAGGCAUGUUUCUAUUCUCUUUUCUCUGUCUUCUUGUUGCUCUGUUUACAAACGUGUCCUCACACACUUGGCUUUGGGACGCUGUUAACUCACGAGGAUCCGGUUUAUCUCAGCCUGUCACUAUCUGGCCCAUUUAAGGAUACACGUCACGGUUCGAUUCCCAUAUAUACAAUAUCCUAGGCAUGAAGCUCAAAACCAUCUGAUCAUGUUACUGGAUCUGUAAAGGGCUUGUAAGGUAUCACAGGAAGGCAAAGGCAAGUCCGUUUUAACAUGAAUGUCCGUAGACUUUUAAUGGCGAGAAGAGUCUUUCCUCUUUGGAUACAUAUCAAUGUUAAAAAACCUGACGCCCAAAAGACGUUUAUGUCGCCUUUCUCUUUAGAUUUUUCAGAAAACACCAUCACUCUCUCAUCCCCAUGAAAAGCGGUUGAGGUUUGAUUCUGGAAGUGUCCAUGUUUUAACUCCCGGCCCAGUUGUGUGCAUCUUUAACACUGCCACUGUGCACCUCCACCAACUCCGGCCUGUGUAGCAUGCUCACACUCGAACCCUCGUCUAUAUUUGAGGGAUGAAUCCACCGCUCAUCAGUUCCUCCGUCCGUGCAUCACCUUUUAGAAACGAGUCCCGAUUGCCUACACUCGUCUGCCCUAUCGUGCCUCGACACUCCUCCUUUGGUUUGAGCGCCUGUGGUCAAAGGAAUGUCAGCGAGCGCACGCUGACGCCCGGAGACGCCGCUCGGUCUCCCGUUGCCUUUGCUGAGGGCGGCCACACACCUCUCACUUCUUAAACAAGGAGCUAAGACAGGACCUUAAGCUUAAGCACGGUCUUAGCUCGUAUUGUAAACGCCUGCCACCCUCGUUUGACUGUGAUGCUGUAAAACACAAACUGUGUCAGUCUGAAAGGGGCGAGGGACAGAGUCUCCUGCCCUGUACAGUAUGUUUCUUUUAGCUCUUAAAAAGUGUCAGCUCCUUUAAUGCCUUUUAUUUUUAUUUAUUAACCUAGUUUGCUAUAUGAAGGUCUACUGGAUCUAUUUAUUUAUGAUAUUAUGUCAUGGGAAACUGAAUUAAUGUUAGAAAAAUUGUCUUUUAUGUGGGGGGGAAAUAAGUCUUAUGUUGCAGUCUGCUAAUCGAACAUCCUGUUAGAAGUUAUGUCGGAAUCGCAACCCCCCUAAACACCUUUUCUACCC